AUGUCACAGACCAAAACCCUGAAGGUACGUGUGACCCUCUUCUUCAUCCUGGUGGGAGGAGUGCUGGCCAUGGUGGCUGUGGUGACCGACCACUGGGCCUUGCUGAGCCCACACCUGGAGCACCAUAACGAGACUUGCGAGGCGGCCCACUUUGGCCUCUGGAGGAUCUGCACCACGCGCGUCGCUGUGCGUGACAAAGAAGACAAAAACUGCGAACGCAUUACGCUGUCGGGAGACAAGAACUGCUCCUACUUCAGGCAUUUCAACCCAGGAGAGAGCUCAGAGAUCUUUGAAUUCACCACUCAGAAAGAGUACAGCAUCUCAGCAGCGGCCAUUGCCAUCUUCAGCCUCGGCUUCAUCAUCGUGGGCUCCAUCUGCGCGUUUCUAUCCUUUGGGAAUAAGCGUGAUUAUCUGCUGAGGCCAGCAUCCAUGUUCUAUGCCUUUGCAGGGCUCUGCCUUAUUGUCUCUGUGGAGGUCAUGAGGCAAUCGGUGAAGCGCAUGAUUGACAGCGAGGACACCGUCUGGAUCGAGUACUACUACUCAUGGUCCUUCGCCUGUGCCUGCGCUGCGUUCACCCUGCUCUUCCUCGGUGGGCUGUUCCUUCUGCUCUUCUCCCUGCCUCGGAUGCCCCAGAACCCCUGGGAGUCCUGCAUGGAUGCUGAGCCAGAACACUAGCUUUGGGAAGAUCGAGCCCAGACCGGAGUCUCCCAGAGGCGAGGAAGGCGUUUUACAUCUGCCCUGGUCCCUUGACUGUCAUGCCUCUUCCUCUGAGUUCCCCUGCACAGGGACAUGAACGGAGACCUGCCCGGCAUCAGAGGAAGCAGGCAGGUGUUUGAAGGGGCUCUUUCUUACGCCUGCCCCAGUUCAGGCUUGCCUGCCAUGCCUGUUGUCUUUGAAGAACUGGUCUGGUUUUCUUUAGAAACCUCCCAAGGACAGCCUGUACUCAUUCACCAGGCCUGAGCUUCAACAGCGCCAGCGUCCGGAGCCAGCUCCUCCCCCACUCUCCUCUACCAUGAUAUAAAAUCCUCUUCCGUGACCCGAACAUCCCUCCUUGGCUUCCAAGA